UUAAAAAAAAAAAAAAAAAAGGAAGAAGAAGACUCACUCUAGUCAUUGUGUCUCUCACACACAUCUCUUUCAAAACCAUUUUCAUGCCUGCAACCAAAAAGCGACAACACUAAUAAUCAAAAUAAGGAAAAAAAAAAAGAGCAAGUCAAAUUUCUGAGCACUUUAUUUAGUGGACAAAUUCUAUAUCUUCUUCCACACUUGAAAUCACAAAAAAGUACUACUUCCUUCUCAAGGUUCUUCUUCUCUCUUUGGAAGGCCAUGGCAAAAUCUCCACAACUUCACCAUUCUUUACUUCUCUUAUGCUUUCUUCUUAUGAACAUAAAUGAAUCUUCUUCAUCUCAUUCUGACAAGAUCCAUGAGCUUCCUGGUCAACCCCAAGUGGGGUUUCAACAGUUUUCUGGUUAUGUCAAAGUUGAUGCACAGAAGAACACUUCUCUUUUUUACUACUUUGUGGAAGCUGAAAAAGAUCCUUCUUCAAAGCCUUUGGUUCUCUGGUUAAAUGGGGGACCAGGAUGUUCUUCUCUGGGAGUAGGGGCAUUCUCUGAAAAUGGACCAUUUAGACCAAAUGGGAAGAUCCUGCUUAGAAAUAAAUACAGCUGGAAUAGAGAGGCAAAUAUGUUGUAUUUGGAGACACCAGUUGGAGUGGGUUUCUCUUAUUCCACUAAUAGUUCCUCUUAUGUGGCAGUGGAUGAUAAAGCAACAGCCAGGGCCAAUCUAAUAUUCUUAAGAGGGUGGUUUAGAAAGUUCCCUCAAUACAGGAAGAGGGAUUUGUUCUUAACUGGGGAAAGUUAUGCAGGCCACUAUAUUCCUCAGUUGGCAAAGCUUAUGGUUGAAGUAAACAGAAAAAGGAAGGUCUUCAAUCUAAAAGGAAUUGCUCUGGGAAAUCCCGUUCUGGAAUACGCGACGGACUUCAAUUCGAGGGCAGAGUACCUGUGGUCUCACGGACUGAUAUCAGACACGACAUACAAAAUGUUCAACUCAGUGUGUAACUAUUCUAGGUAUGUGAGUGAGUACUACAGAGAUGCAGUUUCACCUACUUGUUUGAGAGUCAUCAACCAAGUCAACGCUGAAACCAGCAAUUUCGUGGACAAAUAUGAUGUUACUCUUGAUGUUUGUAUCUCCUCAGUCUUGUCACAAUCAAAGGUUUUGAAUCCCAAGCCUCAGAAAGUGAGUGAUCAGACAAUAGAUGUAUGUGUUGAUGACAAAGUCGUAAAAUAUUUGAACCGAAGAGACGUGCAAAGGGCUCUCCAUGCUCGGCUUGUCGGAGUCCGUCAAUGGGACGCUUGCAGCAACAUAUUGGACUAUGAAGUGUUGAAUGUAGAAUUACCAACCAUCUCUAUUGUUGGAUCACUCGUCAAGGCUGGAAUUUCUGUCUUGGUUUAUAGUGGAGACCAAGAUUCUGUAAUUCCAUUGAUGGGAAGCCGAACCUUAGUGGACAAAUUGGCAAGUGAGUUAGGACUCAAAACCACUGUGCCAUAUAGAGUUUGGUUCCAGGGAAAGCAGGUGGGGGGAUGGACCCAAGUUUAUGGAAACGCAUUGUCGUUUGCAACAAUAAGAGACGCAUCCCAUGAGGCUCCAUUUUCACAACCUGAAAGAUCUCUCAUUCUCUUCAAAUCAUUUCUUCAAGGAAACCCUCUCCCUGCAAGUUUCUGAUAUCAAUACACAAUCAUACACAUACACACAGUCAUGGGCAUUACAAGAUUCUUUUCUUUUCUUUUCUUUUCUUUUCCUUUUCUUUUUCCUUUAAAGUUGUGUCGUUUUUUGUAACAUUGAUUUUUUUUAUAGGAAGAUUGGUGUGCAACAUUCAAUACAUCCCAUACGCUACUACUCAAUCAUUACCAUUGAUGUGCCAAAUGAGCAAGAAAAAUUGUUUUUUUUUUUCUUUGUUACUCUAAUGUUCUAAUUUCGUGUACUCUAGAGGAAUAUUGAUAAUUAUUUAUGUUGUAAUAAUAGCAAUUUAAAGAUAUGGAUUAAGUCUUGAUGA